UUUUCAGUUGGAGGAAACUUUCCUGAUGUCCUGAUCAGACUGUAAAAAUGGUCACUAUUUUAGGAGAUGUCCAUUUUUGGACUCUCCGUGAUGAUGUGAUUGUAAAAGAUGCAGAUUUUGGAGCCUUUAGAUAUCAAGAUAAAAACACUGUGAGCAAGGAACGUGUCUACUACGAAGAUAAACGAAAAUACCUUGAAGCCCGAGGGGUGAUAAUGACUCCUAAGAACAGCCGUCCAGCUAAGUUAAGAGAUUCACUCAAGGAAUUCGAAGAGUUGGUAUCAAGGGAGCGAGUAGUUUGGGAAGGCUGGCAGUCACAUUUGUUGUAUAAAUUAAUAUUUGCCUCAGGAAUAAUUGUAAUGAUGACCGUCAAUCCGAGUACUGGGGAUCUAACGAGAAUUGUGUUUGACAAAUUUCUAGUGGGGAAGCUUCUCUCUGAGCAUCUAGCCAAUGUUGUUAUGACAAAGCACCACUUGUUGUUUUCAUACAAUGAAUGCAGACUGUCAGUGGUGCACUUGACACGUUCACCACCAGAGGGUCACUUUCAAGAGCGGUUAUCUACCAUGGAUCCAAAAAUACACACUUGUGAAGUUGCUGGACCAUCAGGUCGACGAUUUGAAAGAAAACUCUCUGCAAAUCUUUCGGGUGAUAUGGUGGUGGUAUGGUGGCAGACGAGUGAAGAUGAGGUAUAUCCUUGGAGCCCACUAGCAAAGGACCGCGACCGUGCAAACAUUCUUGUCUACUCUUUGGAAGGGACAAGUAUGGAUUUGGUGUGCUACUGCCGAACAGAGAUGGCACCUCUAAGCGUUUCUUUCAGUAAGGUGCAGCCAAAUGUUCUGCUGACAGUGGAACAAGGGUUUGGAAAGAAGGGAGGAGUGACAGUCCUCAGCUGUGUGUAUGAGGUAGAGCGAGGUGCAUUGCAUCGUGUAACAGUUACUACAAUCCCCUUAGAAGCUCCUCUAAUGGCCCAUGCUCACAACCCCGCUGAGGAUCGUUUACUUCUAGCCUGCAAUAAUGGCGUCUUAGCACUGCACUGUGACUCUCGUGGCAUGACGCAUGUAACAAAGGCAGGACUGAUCCCAUCAAAUAUUGCUUGGUUGAACUCAGGAAAUAUAGUGGUAGUUAGUAAUGAGAGAGGUCAGAUUCAAUGCUUUGAUCUGGCCUUGUCUCUUAUCAGACUGCAGUUGGUUAUGGAAGAUCAUAAUCCUCAGAGAAUUUUGGACUUUUCUGAGCACUUUUGUCAUCAACAGUCCCUGUUAAAACUUACCUGGGCCCCAGCUAGAAAGCCUGAGGAAUCUCAGAUGAAAUAUAAUCCUCAUUUACUUCUGCUACACUACAUCAGAGGACCUAUAGCUUGCCUGCGUGUUGAUAUCAGCGUAAUGAGCAGAGAUGAUCUCACAGCUCCAGCUCUGGUUGCCCAGUACAUUAAGCAUCGUCAGUUAGAUGAAGCUGUUAACCUUCUGGUUUCUCUCACUUGGGAUCAAGAAGGUCCAUUAGCCAUGCAGUGUUUGACAGCUGUUGCCAACCAUCUCCUGCGGUUACCUUUGACUCCCCAAAGAGAAACUCAGUUAGAAGGUGCAUUAGGAAGCUUCCAUGUUCCAGUACAACCUAUCAGUCAGGCUGUAGAAGAGGAGUUUGGGCCAGCUAUAAGGGCCCUUACUCGCAGAUUUUUCUUCCGUGUGCUUAGGUCUGGGAGGCUAGAAAAAGCUUUACGGUUAGCUCUUGAUCUGAAGGACUAUGACUGCUUUAUGGCUGUCCAUAUUGUGGCAAAACGUAAUGGAGACAAUCAGAUAGCAACAACAGCAUUGGAAAAUGCCCGUGAGCUGGAGUCGUCAUGUAGCUCUAGCGCAUCUUGUAGCUCAGUACUGUAUGGAGAGUCAAGCACAAGCUCAGGGUCAGAGUCGUGCAGUGAGUCUUGUUCCACCUGUUUUUCUGACAGUGGAUCACCCUGUGGUUCUGAGUCUGGUGACCACAGGAGACUGGGAGAGGAGUGUGGUGAUGGCAGACUUGAGGUUAUAACAGAGUCAAAAACUCCACAACAGCCUCAACACUCUUCACAGUUGCUACCAGGAGUCCAGUAUAUGCCACUCAAUGACAACCCAGCCCACAGUGUUGGAAUAUCAACAACCAGGCCAAUAGAGUAUCCCAAUUCUUGUCAGAGCCACGCAACAGCCAUCACCUCCCAGGAUGGCACUGUGACAAUCAACAUCAGACAACCAGAUCGCACUCUGAAGAAAGCAGCUAGACAUUCAGUUAGUCCAUUUGCAGCAAGAUCUAGUUCACAGGCUACUGUGAAGUCUUCUCCAGGAAAUAGCAAAAGGCCACCAAGGACAGUCAGAGAGGUGUUCUAUUCAUCUGAUCCAAAUGAAGAGUUUGUUGAUUCUGACACAGUUUCAGUAUUUGUGGAUAAAGAUGAAUUGCAGAAUCAGUAUGACCGUGCAGUGUAUCAUGGUUUUGGGAGCAACUUCUUGGAACCAAGAGGUGUCCACCGAAGAAGAAGAUGGGGGGACAGUGAAAGUGGUCCAUUUUGGGGUGGUGUAAGGAAACACUGACUUUGUUGUGCUACAAAUACAAACAAAGUGUCCUUCUCAGCUUAUAAUUGAUAUUAGGUAUUCAUGGAAUAUUAGUACAGUGGAACCUAGACUUACGAGUGUCCCAACGCAUGAAUUUUUUCAGAUACGAGCCAUCCCUGGGUCCAUUUUUUUGCUCUGAGUUAUGAGCCAGCUCCCCCUGCUUCCCCAUCAAUGCAGAACCUGGGCACUUCACUUGUUUAUCUAUGAUUUUAUGCUUUAAUUCCAUGGAAAUCAUCAUCUUUUUCUUCUCAGUAUUGUCCUUUACACUUACUUUCUUAGGACCCAUGCUUAGAAAAACGAAAUUUGGCCAAAUGACUGUCAAAAAUGUAUACAAAGCAUGAGAGAACUGCUCUCACAGUGAGGUAAACAGUGCACUGAGUUGGCGGCGUUCGUUAUUAUUAUAAUAAUUCUUGCUUUCUUUCAACACACUGGCCGUAUCCCACCGAGGCGGGGUGGCCCAAAAGGAAAAACGAAAGCUUCUCCUUUUACAUUUAGUAAUAUAUACAGGGAUGGUGAAAGUUUUUCUUUUUCGGGCCACCCUGCCUUGGUGGGAAUCGGCCGGUGUGAUAAUAAAAAAAAAAAUAAAAAAUAAUAUAUACAGGAGAAGGGGUUACCUGCCCCUUGCUCCCGGCAUUUUAGUCGCCUCUUACGACACGCAUGGCUUACGGGGGAAGAAUUCUCUUCCACUUCCCCAUGGAGAUAAGAGGAAAUAGACAAGAACUAGAAAGAAAAUAGAAGAAAACCCAGAGGGGUAUGUAUAUAUAUGUUUGUACAUGUAUGUGUCGUGUGACCUAAGUGUAAGUAGAAGUAGCAAGACAUACCUGAAAUCUUGCAUGUGUAUGAAACAGAAUAAAAAGACCACACCAGCAAUUCUACCAUCAUGUAAAACAAUUACAAGCUUCCGUUUUACACUCAGUUGGCAGGACGGUAGUACUGCCCUGGGCGGUUGCUGUCUACCAACCUACUACCUAGUUAUUAUUAUUUUUAUCAUUAUCAUUACAGUAGACCCUCGUUUUUCGUAAGGCUCGAAAGUCGUAAUUUUCGAAAAUCGUAACUUUUUUCGUCAAAACAUUGACUCGAAAAUAGUUGACUCGCAAAUAGUCGUUUGUCUCGGAAGCGUAUGCACGGCCCUGAGCAGCCUCACACUUCAUUCCCAGCCAGUGUGCCAUUGUUUAUCAGUGAGUGAGGAUGAUCCCACAAGUUCAUACGAUACAUUUCAUAAUAUUCCAUUCGUUUUAGUGCUUGCAACUGCUAAAUAAGCCACCAUGGCUCCAAAGAAAGCUUCUAGUGCCAGCCCUUUGGUAUAGAAUGUGAGAAACACAUAUAAUUUAAGAAAAAGUUUGUAGAAAAAUAUGAAAGUCAUGGUGGUAGAGUGGUAGCAGUUGUGAUAGUGGUAGAAGGUGGUAAUGAUGGUGGUAGAGGGUGGUAGCAGUUGUGAUAGUGGUAGAGGGUGGUAGUGAUGGUGGUAGAGGAUGGUAGCAGUUGUGAUAGUGGUGGAGGGUGGUAGUGAUGGUGGUAGAGGAUGGUAACAGUUGUGAUAGUGGUAGAGGGUGGUACUGAUAGUGGUAGAGGGUGGUAUUGGUUAUGAUGGCUGUAGAGGGUGGUAGUGGUUGUGUUGGUGGUAGAGGGUGCCUUCUUCAGUGAUUCAGCGAUUCUACUAACUCCUCUAAUGUUGUUGGAGUUAUAUAGGGCUACAGAAAACACUGCCGCCUCAGCUGCUGCUUCAUCACAAUUAUGGAUGGCUUAUGCUCUCAAUGGCCCUUGUACACCCAACAACAACACAACACCUCCCGUGACAUACUUAAUGACUUAUUUUAUUCAUUAGAGUAUAUUCCAUGUUUCUAUGUUAUUAAUAUUGUUUAUUAUGUCAUAUUAGUUGAUUUUUGUUAGAUAAAUAAGCCGUAGAGUUGAUAUUAGUGUCAUAUUCUCCAACAAUAAACUCACCUCCCCUCCCUCUGCCCCGUCUGCCAUACACCAACAAGAGUCUUCAAUAAAGGUAAGUGUGAUGUUAAAUGUUCAUUUUACAUUUUAUUAGUGCUUUACAUUUAUUUGGCAUUCUUUUCUGCAUGUAAAUCUAUAUUUAAGCUAGGGAAGUGACUCCUGAAGUGACCUAGAGUCCUUAUGGAGGGGGAUUCCCCUUCCAAACAAUAACCUCUCUUCCCUCUCUCCUCCUCCCUGUCUUCCAUUCAUCAACAACAGCCUUCAAUAAAGGUAACUGUCAUGUUGAAUGUUCAUUCUUUUGUGCAUGUAAAUCUAUCUUUAAGGUAAAAAAUUUUUUUGUUUUUAUACUUCUGGGUGUCUGGAAUGAAUUAAUUGGAUUUACAUUAUUUCUUAUUGGGAAAAUGGAUUCACAAAUCGUAAAUUUUGAUAAUAGUCACACUCUCUAGAACGAAUUAAUUACGAAAAAUGAGGGUCCACCGUAUUAUUAUUUUAAUAACGAUAGAGCUUCAGUUCCCUAAAUUAAUAAUAAUAAUAAUGCAUAAUACAUACGUAAUAAUACAGUGGACCCCCGGUUAACGAUUUUAAUCCGUGCAAGAGGGCUCAUCGUUAUGCGAAAUAAUCGUUAUGCGAAUGAAUUUUCCCCAUAAGAAAUAAUGGAAAUAAAAUUAAUCCGUGCAAGACGCCCAAAAGUAUGAAAAAAAUUUUUUUUUACCACAUGAAAUGUUAAUUUUAAUACACACAAACUGAAAAAGGCAUGCACAAUUAAAUGACACUUACUUUUAUUGAAGAU